AUGGCUGAGAUUCGCCGCAAGCUUGUCAUCGUUGGUGAUGGUGCCUGUGGUAAGACCUGUUUGUUGAUUGUCUUUUCCAAGGGCACUUUCCCUGAGGUCUAUGUCCCUACUGUCUUCGAGAACUAUGUCGCCGAUGUUGAGGUCGAUGGCAAGCAUGUUGAGCUCGCUCUUUGGGAUACUGCUGGUCAGGAAGAUUACGAUCGUCUCCGUCCUCUCUCAUACCCCGACUCUCACGUUAUCCUGAUCUGCUUUGCUGUCGACUCCCCUGACUCCUUGGACAACGUUCAGGAGAAAUGGAUCUCCGAGGUUCUGCACUUCUGCCAGGGUCUUCCCAUCAUCCUGGUUGGCUGCAAGAUGGAUCUCCGCCACGACCCUAAGACCAUCGAAGAACUUCACAAGACCUCCCAGAAGCCGGUUACCCCUGAGCAGGGUGAGGAAGUUCGCAAGAAGAUCGGUGCCUACAAGUAUCUCGAGUGCUCUGCCCGUACCAACGAGGGUGUUCGUGAGGUCUUCGAGGCGGCCACCCGGGCUGCGCUCCUGACCAAGACCCACAAGAGCAAGAAGAAGUGCACCAUCCUGUAA